CACAGGCAUUCCACACCAGGGAGAGCUGCCUGAGGAAAUGGGGCCUUCAGCUCCCACUGGGGAUGGCCAUGCUGCCCCUUAGACAAAGCCUCAGUCUCCCACAGGCAUUUACCAGCUGACCCCACUGCUGCUGUGGCUGCUGGAUGUGAUAGACCAUCUUAGUCAGGGCCUGGCUGAUCUAGAGAGGACAUCCACACUGGGGAGACAAGGGGUCAGGGAACUAGUGACAGAAAUCCAGCAUGCUUGAAGAAUCUCCGAGUCAGGAUUAGGAGGCCAAACACUAGUAGCACAGAGGACUUCUGCCUGGCUGCAGGAGGACUAGGGCAACACUCAGACAGAAUCCUGGGUCAGGGUCCCAUGGGCUGUGUCUUCCUCUCAGUCCCAUCAGAAAAUCACCACAGCCCCUCAGCUCCCAAGGGGCAGUUCUGAUUCUCCAUUCCUCUAUAUUCAUCAACGGCUGACUACAAAGAUGUGAGAAAGCCAGGCUUACACCGAGGUUCCCACCUGAGCACUCCGAGGGCCUUAGGCAGCAACGCGGGCGCGUCCUUGGCCUAUUGCCAAUGCCAGCAGCGGCACCACCAGUCUGGAGCAGCACAGCACCCAGAAGGCAGCCUGGAUGCUCAGCCACCACUGGGCUCUGAGAUCCGAGUCCUGACUCUGCUAGGUUUCUAAUCCCUCAUCUUGUCGCCCAAUCCCUUCUGGACUCAAGGCAAUGCAGCCUCAAAACCAGGACCAGGUGCUGCUACCGAAUACAUUUCCUCCUGAGUGUUCGUCUUCGGGCCCCUCACAGUUUGUGGACUCCCCUCAUCCCAACAUCCAGCCUCAGUCUCUGCAUCAACCCCUCCGUUCUCCUCACCCACUUUUCUCGUCCUCCCCGCAGUCCUACCUCUCCUCCUCCUCACUUCCACAGCCCCACUCUUCCAGCCCUCACGUCUGCUCUUAUGAUGCUAAUUCUGACUUAGCUCCACACCCCUGUUCCUCCUCUCUCCCAAGUUGCCCCACUUUUUUUCACCAGAGCUACCCUUACCUCUCCCUUCCACAUUCCUCUUCUCCCUGGAACUACUACUGGUUGUACCCCUCUCCUCCUCUUACCCACCCCUCCUCUCCUUCCCAGCCACAGAACUCUUUUCCCGGAUCCCACUGCCAAUCCCCUUCCUGCCCCAAAGACCUCCCUAGCUCCCAACUCACACCCCCCAGCCCUUCCCUUACUUCUCCAGGGGUCCACUCGAACAGGCAGGCAUGGCACUGGCGCAGAGGAACCAGGUCUCCUGGGGUGGGAGUGGGGUGCACGGCAGACAAGAGGAACCCUGCAGAGUUCAGGGACCCAGGGGCCCUGGCCCAGGCCUUAGUGGCCCAGCUGGGGCUUCGACGCAUCGCACGAGACCUGCGGCUACUGCUUUUUCAGUACUUGUGGCUUGGCAGAACCAACGAGGCCCCAGUAGUGGAGUAUCCUAUAUGCCUAGUGUGCCUCCAGCCCCGAAGUCCUUCUUGUCCUAUCCCCAGGUACAGUACUAUACCCCGGCUGCUUGCCUUCCCUCAACUACUGCCCUGUGCUCCAAACCAAGAAUCUGGGCCACUCCGAAUAGGCAUUGGCUUUGGCCUCCGCCUGCCCCUGGGCGAGGCCAGGGCCUUGAAUCUGUUGCCAAAAAGAAGGCAGGAGGAAGUAGGGCCUGGGGGCAAGGCUACUCAGUCCCCUCCAUGUCAAGAACCUGCAGCCCAGGGCCCCAGAGCUAGGGCCCAGGCAGAUUCAGCUCCAGGCACACCCUCCCAGGCCAGGAGCCUCAGGUCUGCACAUCUUCAAACACCAGACUCCACCCGAAGCUCAGGGCCUCCACCUCAGGCCCCAGAACAAGCCUCCCCAAAGCCCAGGCCUUCUCCAGCCCCAAGCUGUCCUGGAUGGCCAGAGCCUUUUCCCCAAAAGUUCUCAUCCUAGUUCCAGAGUUAUAGAGGAUCCCUGGACUUCCCCAUCCAAACCCCAGGCUCUCCACCAAGCCCCAGAUCUCAGGGAGCCGCAGAGACACACUGAAGGGCUGGCUGGCUGGAGGUCAGCUAUGUUCUCCUGUUCUGAACCCUGGAAACCCCCUGUGGAGUCUUCUUUCUCCUGGCUGAAGUGGACUAAGGGCACCAGAGGCCCCAUUCAGUCUUCAUUGUAUCCAAUAAAGCCUGACUUGAACGCU